CACAGCAGCAGCUUCCGUCGUAAAAGAUACAACGCAGAGGGGGGACCUGAUGCAGACUUUUGUGAGGCGCUUCGGUAUCACUAUCGCUUUUUCACCAGAGUAGAAAAACAAAAAUCUUACCAACAUCAAAAUUAUGGGCAACACGUUGAUCACCUCUCUGUGCCAGCCGGAGGGCAGCACUGCCUCGUGUUACGGGGAAUGCGAGAUUACCCGAGAACUGGAUUUGACCACGAUCGCGCCGGCCGGCAAUGUCUUCCCCGACACGCUGCGCCACUUGGAAAAUACGUUGGAGCGGCAGCUCUUCCACUUCGCGGCCGGGCAAAAUUUCGUCAUGGUCCGUUGGUUGCUGUGUCUGAGGGCGGAUCCAAUGGUGACAGACUGGAACGGGACGACUGCACUGCAUGUCGUGUGUCGCUGUGGAAGCGUCCAGACGGUGCGGGAUUUACUGGUGUGCUCUUCAACUAGAACAGGAGCAAAUUGUACAAUUUCGAACAGCAGCCAAGUCCACACGACAGGACAAUCACAAUCAACAUCCCUCCUAACCGCCAAAGACCGUUUUGGCUGGACGGCGCUGCACGUCGCGUGUGCCGUUUCGCGCCUCAGCGUCACGAAGGAGUUGCUGGAACAGGGCGCCGCGCAACUGGACGCAGAAACGCUGAACGCCCUUCUCCGCGCCCAAACCAACCAAGGAGAAACCGUGUUGACGCUGGCCGAUGGCGAUUCUCAGCUCCGACGGUUGUUGCUCGACGCGAUCGUGAAAGCCGCCAACUUGUUGUCGUUGACCACUGAUAGUGGUGGCGGUGCUGGAACCACGAGCAGCGGAGCAAAUACAGCAAACAGUGCGUCAGCUCUACUAGAUCUUCCCGAGGACAUUGUCGACGAGUUGGAGCUAACUCGCGGCCGCGGUUCAUCAACAUCAGCAGCAACUCGCGGUGCCGCCGCAGCCUUCCAGGAUGCUGCAACAGUUUCGCCUACUACAACAACUGGUGGACAUCCUCGAAAUAAUACAGGCAACAAUAAAUCGCAGCUAGUCAUCCACGGACGCGCGUCGCAGUACCCGAAUAACGCAGCUGGAGAACAAGUUGCAGAUGAAUCACAAGUAGAUGAAAGCGAUGAAACUGAUGACAUAGGAGACGAGGAACUAGUAGAUCUCCCACAUCAACGGAAGCAGGUCGCAAGUAGAGGACGGCAGCGCAAAGAACACGCAGAUCACUCAUCCUCGUCCGCAACUAGCAAUAUCACCCGUUACGAGCCGUUUUUCGUUCCGAGAAAACCAGCGUUGACAACGAACAAAUUUCGUUCCGAACUGGCCCAACUUGGAAUUCUGUUUUUCAACAAAGACCCAGGCAUCGGCCUCGCUUUCCUGGUCGCCACCAAUGUGGUGCAGGACUUCCCGCUCUCCUUGACCACGUUUCUGAAGCGCAACACGAUCUGCAGCGACAAGGUCGGGUGGUUUUUGUCCGAGCCCUUCUCUCUGUCCAGUGUCCUCCGUGCGGAGUUUAUCAACAGCAUCCGACUGUCCCACUGCGGCGUCUGCGGCUUACUGCAGCGGGUUUUCUCUUUCUUAGCGGUCCCACCGGACUUGGUAAAGCUCGACCUACGACCCGAAAAAAUUGCCCCCAGCCCAAUUUUCAAAAAUUUGCACUCCCGGCCCGCGUAGUCCAGGUCGUAGAAACCAUUCGGCACCAGGCGAGCGCGACCGAUUGGCGAGUGCCGGGGGAAGCCCGGUGACGCGCGACCAUCCUCUUGAAGAACACCAGCCAACCCUUCUCCCGUCUCCAGCAUUGUAGAGCAGCGCGCUGCUCCACCUGGUUACCUCAGGCCCAGCAUUGUAGCUCAGGCCCGGAUCAGCACGACGCGAUCGCGGGCCACGAAUAGCCGGAAAAAGCCCUUGCUUUCGAGCAGCUAGCAGGAGCUAUUGCUGCUGCCGAGGAAGCCACAAUUGGGGACUUUACACAAUUUCUGGCCCCAGCCAAAUAUCGCCUGGACUGCGGACCUGGGGCCAGAAAUUGUAAUGAGCCGAAACACGGGCUGAGUCGGCAUAUUACAAUUUCUGGCCCCAGGCCCACAGUCCAGUCGUUUGCGGGCCAGGUUUGUGGCCGCCGGUAGCCAAAAUCUUGGAAGCGGAACGCUUCCCCUUUUUCUUCGAAACUAGCAAAACACUAAAUCAAGCCAAUGCAUUUUCUCAAUCCCUCCAACACAUCCGCGCCAAACGCGGCGCAUUCCCGCGUCAUGUCUUCGUGAUGCGGAAUUUCGGCCCUCCCGUUGCGGGUGUCUUCGCGCAGCCCCACGCGGGCCUCCUCCAUGAUUCCCGGGGCCUCCUCCAUAAUCCCGGGCUUUCCCCGGCAAUCCGCAGGGGGCCACCUUCGCCGGCUGCUGAACGUUUUCUACUAGCUGGGCUAUCAGAAACGGGAAUGCAAAUUUUUGAAAAAUGGGCUGGGGAAAGUUUUUCCGUUUCGUACGACCGCAUUCUGUACCACACCGCCAUGACAUUCUGGCGACAGUGCGAAAGGAAGUUCAAUGCGGUGCAAAUAAGCCAUCAGAUGAACGCGCAACAAGGGCGAGGAGGUGGCUCCGGUUCGUCGCCGAGCAAGAUAAAUCCAGUCAUCGAGGAACCGAACAAGCGUCCCAACGCCUGGGAACCGGAGGGCAUUGAGGUGUUGCAGCAAUUGAAGUGCUUUGAGGGGUUGUACGGGUUGCUGACGUCGUGCGUGCUGCUGCAUUGCAACCUGCAUAGUGAGAGUGAUGAAACUUCCACGAAGCUGACGAUUGCCGGCGCGGCGGAAGUAGAAGGAGACGCACCGGGCACUUUUACAACUAUCCAGCAUCGGAAAUUGGGGAAAGAAGAGUGGAUCAGUCUCAACAGCAACAUUGACAGUACAUUUGGGGAUUUGGACACUUAUGGGGAGAGCGCUGCAGCCCCGUUCUUGCAUCAACUCUACGACCUGAUUGCCGCUGAGCCGAUUCCGGCGUUGCAAGCCGGGAUCGUUGCCUUCACAGAUGAGGAGAGUGUGGUGGAACUGUUGGAGCGCUUUGCUGCGACUACUAGCGCUACACAACUAGUGCCAGCGGUAGAACAAGAUGAACCAAAGCCGACUACAACUUCUUCGUCGCUUCAAGUAGAACCCCGCAGUGGAACUAGUGCCAACGUCCUCGCAGAAACGGUAAUUCUCCACUUCUGCGACGCGAACUUCAACCAAAUUUCGCUGGACGAGUUGGUGCGGAGUUUCACCGGGAAUUUCACAAGUCACAACACAGUGUUUGAGCACGACGAGGCGUUUGCGUCAAGGAUGCUGAAUUAUGCGGAAGGAAGUGCAUUUACAGAUACAGUUUCAUGCGGCGCCUUGACCGCAUCAAUUGCAGAUACACAAGGUCCUCGUGGUCCACCCAUGUUGGCAAGAGAUGUCGUUUCUCCGCAGCACGAUAUCAACAAAGCAGGAGCUUCUACUUGUUCUGGGGACUUCACGGCGCGCAGUAGCGACACAAUCUGGACUAGUACCACAUCAGGACGAGCGCAAUCCACGGGCAGAAGGAGCUCGCGGUAUGCGAAUUUAGGGUUUGUGUUGGGGGAACACGUCGCGAUGUCAGGAUCCUCUGCAGCCGCAACGGCGUCGACCACCGCUCGGAGCAGUGCCUCGACGAGCGGAAGAAACUUAGAAGGGGACAGCACAGCUGGUGGCGCGAAGGGAAAACAGAAAAACGCUCGAGCGUCUGCUCCAUCGAUGCAGCUUUUUCCCACGGCGAAGGUGGAUGAGCUGAAGAAAGGGGAUAUGAAAGAUGCAAAAAGUAGCGCAGCAGCAAAGUCGCAGCGCGUGGUUGUCAGCACGAUGUCCACGAUGAUGCGAGGGUGGUCUUCUAGCACCCCGGGAGGUAGUACGACAAUAAUCGCGUCCAAUAGCAACUUGCUCGAUGAUGGACGGACAACCUCUAAAUCAAAAGCAAAAAAUGCUUUGUCAGCGGUAGGAGUUGCAGCGUCCUGGACUUCGAUAGAUCUGGUUGCUUCUGCGUCUAGAGAUGGUGCUGCUGCUUCUUCGGGGGCAUCUGGUGAGAAAAACAUCAUCCUCGACCUCGACUCGCAUGAGGCCUCUCCAACGAAGAUUGCCACCGCGUUUCAACCUACAAGGGCCCUUCUCUCAUCCAGUACAAGUUUCGAGCCGCUAUCUGCUCGGGGCCAACAGCAGGGCAGCAGUACGGAGAACCAGACAAAUAACACCAAGAUCUGCUUCGCCUACCUGUCCUGCGGGUUGCUGUUCCUUGCAAACAGCGAGAAGACCGCACCAUUCGCGUUCGUGAAUCUCCGGUAUGUGAUACGCAAUGCAAAUUUCAUCCCGUACACGUACAAAAUGCAUCACAAAGACCUUACUUAGAUAUGUAUAGCAACGCUUGUAAGUAAGGCUUCCGCUACUGAGCGCAAUGUUUGUCAUGCCGAAACCCCAUUGAUUUGUAGUUGUAUGUGUGCGGUAAAUUUUUAUUUACUGCGGAUAUAUGAACAGCGGGACUGGCGCGAAGUUUGUGACGAUGAAGAAAACCUCCUUUCUUGACAGUUCUGAAGAGCUUCAAACGCACCCCGUCGAAUAUGGCGUUCUCAACUGUUACAUUCUCAACUGUUACAUGAAUUUGUGAUGCAAGUAUGGCAAAACUGAAAGGGCGAAGAUUGCGCCUUUUGCAUGACAGAUUUGGCGCAGAUUUUCAUCCUGUUUGUCCCUUCGGGAAUUUGUCAUGCGAAGCAGCAUGGUCGUAUCGAUUCUGAUUGGAAUUUUGCAUGACAAAUCAUGUAACAGUUGAGAAUGUAACAUUUGAGAACGCCAUAUCGAAAGCGACGAGUACGAAACAGAGGUGUACGAUCUCGCCAUCUACUAUGGAAGCGUCAGGUUUGAAAUCGUCAGAGUUGAAAUAAUUUGCAAUGCAUAAAACGCAUGACCCGAGGCGCGUGCGUUGCAGAGCAGGCAAGUGAGGUCGAUUGUAAGCCUGUUUAGGGCUACAGCUCGAGCUGCUAAAGUAGCAUGAGAAAGUCACUCUUCUUUGCCUAAACAGCAUGACAAACUGGAUUUAGGGACCACCGAAAUUUGUCAUGCGCCACUUGGAAACUGGGUUCCAACUGGCAUCCAUUUUAUGCAUGGCAAAUUAUUUCAACUUUGUCGAUUUCAACUCUGACACAUCCAUAUCUACCUUGAGAACCAGCACGGCCAGCGGACGCAAAAUUUGGAAAUCGUGCUGCUGUUCAACGACGGCAGGUGGAGCAGCGUAAACACGCCUGUUUUGGAGCUUACUUUUCGCAGCGAAGAGGUUCGGGACCAGUGGGCAAAAAAAGUAAAGCACGUUCUGGCGGAUGGAAUCGCAGCUGGAGGUUCUUCGCAGGCAUGAAACGUAAUAAACAAGAAGGCAUGAUAGAUAAGAUUUGUAAGACAAAGACUUUGUCUUCCCAUCUCCUGGUGUAGGAGCAUCGAAUUGAAUUCGAACUUCAACUUUUGUAAAAAUUCGUUGCGGAUGAUCAUGAUGUAUGAUGAAGCAACAAAUUAAGUGUUUGUACCUCAGAUUCAGAACUUGAUGAACAACUGUAACCUCUACACGAAUCAAAUUGUAACGCAACGACAACGACCUGAAUAACGAUGACCUGUACGAUUGAUGCGAACGUCGAUGCCUCCAAUUUGAUCUACAACGUGCUGUCGGUCCACUGCUUGUAAUUCUAUUACUUGAUGAAGACAAGGACCAUGAAGUAGAAGUCAUCUCCAUGAUGAAGACCUCCACUAGGUGCAAAAAUAAAGAAAGCUCGAGCUCCUGGCUCUUUUCCUUAGAGAGGCCGAGCUAGUACCAU